AUGUCUGCAGACCCAAUAGGUGAGAAAACCACUUACGUGGUCGGACCAGACGACACCGUCGUGGAAUACGAUGUUGAAGCAGGAGUCAUCGAUGAUACAGAUACAUGCUCAUCGCCAACUACAGCACCACUCCCAACAGUGAAGUUGGGAGCUCAAAUUGGAGAAGCGGAUCAGGAAGAGUUCCCUGAGGGAGGACGAGGAUGGCUCGUGGUGGCCGGAACUUCAUGUGCUCUCAACACGGGUUUUGGUAUGGUCAAUGCGUUCGGCAUCUACAUGACAUAUUAUGGCCAGGAGAUGUUCCCCAACACUUCAUCAAGCACAAUGUCUCUGAUCGGAGGCCUCCAGGUGUCUUUAGUGUAUUUCUCUAGUAUCCCCGUAAGAAUGCUCAUAAACAAGCUUGGUGUACAGCCUGUUCUGGCCAUCGGUGGCUUUCUUAUUGUGCUCUCUCUUAUGAUGACUUCAAUUUCUACCCAAGUCUGGCAUUUAUUCUUGGCCCAGGGUGUCACUUUUGGUCUGGGGGCAGGAUGCUGUUACCUGCCUGCAGUGUCUGUCCCAUCGGAGUACUUCAAGAAGAAACGAGCACUGGCCCUUGGAGUCACCGCUGCUGGCUCCUCAGUUGGGGGUGUCAUCUGGCCUAUUGCCAUCAAGAGGCUGUUUGCAACUGUGGGAUUUGCAUGGACCAACCGCAUAAUUGGCUUCAUUUUCAUCCCAGUCUUGACCUUCAUGGUCUGGGCUACGAAGCCUCGUUUGGCACACUCAAAACAAAAGGUCUCAUUUGAGCUGCUCAAAAACUGGCGCUUUCUGGUUCUGUGUGCAGCCCAAAUGGUAGGCAUGUUUGGCGUUUUCCCUGCCCUCUUUUAUGUGGACACCUAUGGAGAACGACUCGGAAACCUGCCGCCAAGUGUGCUCAACUACUCUGUGGCUAUUCUAAACGCAUCUUCAGUGCUCGGAAGAAUUGGCCCCGCAUAUCUGGCUGACAGAAUAGGCCGCCUCAACGUCUUGACACCUUUUGUGUGUAUGACAGGUCUCUUUCCCCUCGUUUUUUGGUUGCCUUCACGUGGAGAAUCACUAUUUGUUCUCUUUCUUGUAACGUGGGGAAUAGCUUCUGGAUGCUUUAUCUCCAUGUUUCCAUCUUGCGUUGGACAGUUGUUCGGUGUCAAACAUACACUCUCGGGUAUAGCCCUUCUCAACAUGGCUGGUGCGCCUGGAGCUCUAGCCGGAGGAGCUAUUGGAGGCAAGUUCUUACCUCUGCCAGAUCUUGCCCAGGGUAUAGAAGGAUUCACCGGGCUGAUUGUCUUUUCAGGAGUGGUCAUGCUGGUAUCCUCACUCAUCUUGCUCAGCUUGCGUCUAUCAAUCUCAUUUAAACCAUCUGCAUUUAUUUAA